AUGCGCCUGCGCGGCGUUCGGGAGUUCCAGGGCGCCUGCGUGGCGUUCGGGAAAUUUCUGUGCGCCUGCGCGGCGUUCGGGAGUCUCAUGGGCGCCUGCUCGGCUUUCGUGGGCUCCCGGACGCAUGCGCGGCGUUCGGUUGUUUCUGAGCGUUCGCGCGGCUGUGUUUGAAUAAGCGCGCGAACGCGAUUAACGAAUUAGCACGUUCGCGCGCAAAAUCCAUUCAUUUGGGCCGUUCGCGCGUUUUCUCGCUAAUUCGCGCAUGCGCGAUGACGUCAGAUGCCCUUCUUAAAGCGCCAGACCUCUUUUUUCGGGGUAGGUUGAGUUUCUUCCUCCAGGAAAGUUUUUUCUGCACCAUUCUGUUGGUUCUUCGCCUUUCCAGGUUCCUUUUUCCUUCUCAAGCAUCAAGUAAGUUUUUCUCCUAUUUUAUUUCUUAUAUAUAUAUUUCUUCUUGGUAUUAGUUUCGCUGUUCCAUCUAUUCCUUAUAGAUGGAUUCUCGCUCAGGAUCCAGGGAAUCGGAUUCUUCUCAUCACAAUAGGUCACAAUCUAAGCAAUAUAGGUAAGCCAUCCUUUUUAAAAAAAAAAAAAAAAGAGGUAAUGUACUAAUGAGCACGUUUGUUGUAUUUCAGUGCUAAAAGUACAAAGACUUCAGGAUCGUCCAAGGGGAAGUCGCCCAAAAGGACGCUGUGUAUAUCCUGUGAUAACAGAGCCAUAGAAGGGAAACGUCUCUGUUCAGAUUGUCUCUCAGCAGCUGCUGGCCCUUCUCAUUCAACACCGGACUUUAUGCAACUUAUCAAGCAUGCAGUUGCCCAGGGCAUAAGAGAGGGUGGUAAGACCCACAAGCGACCUAGAUAUUCUGAGCCCUCAGAUUUAUCUCCAGGAAACUCUGAAGAAGAGUUAAUGGAUUCAGCUUCUCUGAGAGACCUAGCUUUUUCCUCGGAGGAGGAGGCUAUCCCUGAUCCUGACUUCCUGGUACCUGCGGAGGUGGAUCAUUUAAUUGCCCGGGUCAGAGAAACCCUUACCUUGAAGGAACCCUCAGAGGAGGAACCAUCUACAUCUAACCGCUAUUUCUCUGAUCUUAGAAGAAAAAGAGCGGCUUUCCCUGUGCAUGCCACAAUUAGUGACCUUAUUAAAGAAGAAUGGUCCAGGUCUGACCGGAGAUCAUCUGAAAAAGGGAAGUUCUCCAGAUUAUAUCCGUUUCAUUCCAAAGAUGCUGAAACAUGGGAUUUUCCACCUAAAGUUGAUGCUGCAGUGGUCAGACUAGCCAAGCACACUACCCUUCCUGUAGACGAUGCAGGUUCCUUCAGGGAUCCUAUGGAUCGUAAGAUGGAAUACUACCUUUCCAAAUCCUAUGUAGCCUCAGGCACGAGUCUCCACCCUGCCGUUGCUCUCACGUCAGUUACAAGAGCUAUGAAGGUUUGGAUACAGGAACUGGAAGGGGACAUCAGGAGUGGCAGAAGCCGAUCUUCCAUUGUGGAGGACCUAAGAGAUAUGCGUCUAGCAAUUGAUUUUUCAUCAGAAGCUGCAGUGGAUCUGGUAAGGAGCCUUGCUAGAAAUAUGUCCUUCUCGAUUUCCUCUAGGCGAGCACUUUGGCUCAGAUCUUGGGCAGCCGAUGCUUCCUCCAAGAAUAGUUUGUGUUCUUUGCCAUUUCACGGGAGUAUGUUAUUUGGCAAGAAUUUGGACGACUGCAUUAAGAGGGCGGCUGAAGGGAAUAAAGCCUUUUUACCUCAGGAGAGAAAAUAUAAAGGAUCCUUUCGUGCCCGGAAAGAGUAUCAUUCCUUUCGUGACAGUAGGUCCUACAAGCCGGGCAGAGAAUAUUCCAGAUUUCAACCUGGGAGAGGAGCCCCAUCUGGAAACAAAGGAGGCAAGUCACGCGGUUCAUCUUCCUAUAAAAACCAGAGGAAUCUAUGACUAUAUAAUUCCCAAAUCCGAAGGUGUCGGGGCUUGUCUUCUCCAAUAUCUACCGAUAUGGGAAGCAUCCACAAGCGACAGUUGGGUACUGGAUAUCAUUCGGAGAGGUUACUUGAUAGAAUUUCUCGAGCAUCCUCCAAGCAGGUCCUUUCACCUCACAAAGUGGCCAGGGGACAAGGAAAAGUGCAUGGCCCUACAAGACUUCAUCCUUUCCUUGCAGAAGGAGAAGGUUAUCACCAAAGUGCCAGCCGGUGAGAGAACUCAAGGGUUUUACUCCCACAUCUUCCUAACGAAGAAAUCCUCAGGGGGAUGGAGACCCAUUCUGGAUCUACACAGGCUAAACAAGCAUCUGCACAUUCGCAGGUUCAAAAUGGAAUCCUUACAAUCUAUAAUAAAAGUAGUGUCUCCCAACCAAUGGAUGCUGUCCAUAGAUCUGUUAGAUGCGUAUUUUCACAUACCCAUCGCCCAAACUCAUCAAAGGUUUCUGAGGUUUGCUGUGGAAGAAGGUCACUUCCAGUUCAGGGCCCUCCCCUUUGGACUGAGCACAGCUCCGAGGACAUUUACAAAGGUCCUGAUUGUCCUCAUUGCAGAACUCAGAAAACAGAACAUUGCGAUUUACCAUUAUUUGGACGACAUCUUGAUCUUAGGAAACUACGUAGAUUCUCUGACAUCCCAUGCUAUUACCAGCAUUCAGUUUCUGCAAGCUCACGGCUGGAAGAUCAACACCAAGAAGAGCCACCUCCACCCAACGCAAUCUAUGGUUUACUUAAGAGCUCACUUCGGCACUCUAAAGGGCACUGUCCAACUUUCAUCAGCAAGAAUACAGAAACUCAAGAUGUUAUUGAGAAGAAUGCUGAUAUCCAGGGUGGCCCCGGCAAAGGCCAUAAUGAGCCUCCUGGGUUCCAUGUCCUCCACAAUAGGACUGACCAGAUGGGCACAGUGGAGAAUGAGACCAUUCCAAGCCAAUUUCCUGAGACAGUUCUCCUCCGGGAACCUACACCAACCCAUCAAACUUUCCCUGAAUGUACGCCAUUCUCUAAUCUGGUGGCUAAACAGGGAGCACCUAUCAAAGGGUUUUCCACUAGGAGAUAUCGCGUGGAUAACUGUGACAACGGAUGCCAGCCAAUGGGGAUGGGGCGCUCAUUGUCUCCACGACUUUGCGCAGGAAGAAUGGAGUUUCAGGGCAAACAAUGUUCAUUCCAAUUGCCUAGAGCUUCUGGCUGUCCUCAAAGCAUUGAAACACUUCUCGAAUCAUCUCAAGGGGCAAUGGGUGAAGAUAAGGACGGACAACUCCACUGUGGUAUCCUAUGUCAAUCACCAAGGGGGUACCAGGAGCUGCAAGAUGAUGGAAAUCAUGAAUCACCUGAUGUGGUGGACUCAGAGAAACCUGGCGGGCCUUACUGCCAUCCAUCUACCAGGGAAACGGAAUCAUCUGGCGGAUUUUCUCAGCAGAUCCAGGAUAGAUCCGGGGGAAUGGUGCCUCUCGGACAGAGUAUUCCGCUUGAUUGUGGACAAAUGGGGUCUCCCUCAAGUAGACCUUCUAGCCACUCGGGCCAACAGGAAAGUAAAGCUUUUCUUCACGAAAGAAGACGACCACCUAGCACUGGGGAGGGAUGCUUUAUCAAGCCCCUGGAGGUUCAGGAUGGGCUAUGCUUUUCCCCCAUUUCCACUAAUUCUCCCGCUCCUGAGGAAGAUGAGAACAGAGCAGGUGUCUCUCAUCCUGAUUGCGCCUUAUUGGCCUCGAAGACCCUGGUUUCCUCUGCUUCAAAGUCUUUUGGUGGAACCUCCUCUCCCACUCCCCAGAACUCCGGAUCUUCUGUUCCAAGGUCCUGUGUUUCAUCCAAAUCUGGUCUCUCUCAAUCUCAUGGCUUGGAGACUGAAAGGAACCGGCUUUUGAGUAAAGGAUUCUCCCAGGACGUUAUAGGCACUAUGCUGAAGGCACGUAAGCAUUCCACUUCGGCCACUUAUUAUAGAGUGUGGGAAGUUUUCUCUGACUGGGCCCUUCACAGGAACAUUAAUAUUCAAGAUCCUUCCUCCUCUAAUAUUUUGGAGUUUCUGCAGUCUGGGCUUGCUAAAGGGCUGAGCUAUAACACUCUCAAGGUGCACGUCUCAGCCUUGUCCGCUCUAACCAAUCAUCGAUGGGCACUGGACGCGGAUGUCAUCAGAUUCAUCAAAGGAGUCCUUCAGAUAAAACCUCCUAUUAAACCAUUUGUUCCAUCUUGGAAUCUCCCUUUGGUCUUGAAUGCCUUAAAGUUGGAACCUUUUGAACCAUUUGAGACAGUUCCUCUUCAUGCUCUCUCUAUUAAGACUGCUUUGCUGAUUGCCCUAGCUUCCGGCAGGAGGGUUUCUGAGCUCCACGCUCUAUCCAUUAAGGAGCCUUUUACGGUCUUUCACAAAGACAGAGUUGUCCUCCGUACGGUUCCCGAAUUUCGACCUAAAGUCACCUCCUCCUUUCACAUCAACGAGGAUAUUGUUCUUCCAUCUCUGAGGUCUGACUCCCUAGAAAUGGAGAAUUCUACUAACCUAUCUUCUCUGGAUCUAGUAAGAUGCCUCCAGAUAUAUAUUAAUAGGACUUCUGCUUGGCGUACUUCUCACAGUCUUUUCGUCCUUCAUGGCGGCUGUAAAAAGGGCUCACAAGCUCCCAAAUCUACCAUUAGCAGGUGGAUAGUAGCAGCUAUUAUUCUGGCUUAUCAAUCUGCUGGAUAUCCGGUCCCUGUGGGUCUUAAAGCCCAUUCCACGAGGGCUCUCUCAUCUUCCUGGGCAGCUGCUGCUAAUGUUUCUCCUGAACUCAUUUGUAAAGCAGCUACAUGGUCUUCCUCUAACACUUUCAUUAAGAGCUACCAAAUUGAUGUUAGAGCAGGUAUAUCUGAUCAAUUUGCUAAAUCAGUUCUGUCUGUAUCCGAUACCUGAUUUCUAUUUUUCACCUGUUGUGGUGUUAAUACACUUUGCAUUCAAAAUUUUUGGAGUCUGUGUCUCUUUCCCUCCCUGGUUUAUUGCUUGGGUAUUACCCAAUGUUGUGCUGCCAUGGAUAUGGCCAGGAAAAUGGAAAAUUUAUUCAUACUUACCGUAAUUUUCUUUUCCUGGUCAUAUGCCAUGGCAGCACAAGGGUCCCACCCGGGGCUAUUGCUGGAAAACAUGACUGGGGAAGGAGGGGUAGGAGGUGGUACUUAUACGGCUUAAUAAUUAUUCCUGUCCAAUGGGGAUAGGGAGGAGCUACCCGAUGUUGUGCUGCCAUGGCAUAUGACCAGGAAAAGAAAAUUACGGUAAGUAUGAAUAAAUUUUCCAUUAUAUAUACACAAACACACACACACACUCUAUUCUAUUCAUUGUACUCUUCAUAUAUAUAUAUAUAUAUAUAUAUAUAUAUGGAAGGCAGGGCCUGAAGUUGUGGGAGGGGCUUGGUUCCCCUUCUUAAGGAGCUCCAGCCCUUCACCUGCUACCGGCUCAGGUCUUGAGAUUUGCAUAACCGCACUUCCGGUCUGUGCAAAUCUCCUCUGUCACAGGCGGAACCCCGAGGAUACACUCACCUAGUCCCGUUGCUCCAUUUCAGCUCACAAGAUAUUCCCUGCCUCUCCGACGUCCCCACAUUUCGGCUUAUUCACAGAAGCGACCGGCGGCUGGGGCCGUUUUCAGCAAACCGUAAGUCACAGCUGCCGUCGAGCGGCGGUCGCGGUCGAUCCGCGUCAUCUUGGGAUACCUCUAUCUAA